GCGUGGCCUGAGCGUCAGUCUUUGAUUGUGCUUCGUAGCGUGUUGACGCGUGCACUCACUGUUUCCUCUUUCUCUCUCCUUCUCUCUUCGGUCCUACAGCGUUUGGUGAAAGAUUCGCCCUUUGCAAAAUGGCGACGCAGACUACCACCAGGAGAAGGUUGAAUGAGCACGAAGAGAAAAUACGCAGUAGAAAUGGCUUAACCUUUCACGAAGGCGUCCUGGCUAAUGGUCAUGCCGGUUCGCAAAGCAAUGGACGUGUACAGUUUCCAGAUAAAGAAACCAAGUCGGAGCCGGUUACAUCUAGGUCGAAGGAGUCGUUCGAGAGGGUACCGUUCAUCACAGCUGCACUGACCCACCUCGGCUUCUAUAUUCUUAUGUUCCUCGGUUUUAUUAACCAACUGUUUUUCACACCGAAAGUCGCGAAAGAGUACAAUAGAGAGGGUUACGCGCCGCUUUAUGAACAUUUCGAAGAAUUUUACCUUCGAUAUGUUUACCGAAGAGUCAGAGAUUGUUGGAACAGGCCGAUAUGUUCUGUUCCAGGAGCCACUGUUACGCUUAAAGAUAGGAUAACACGAGAUUAUGGAUGGACGUUUCAAUUUACAGGAACGACCACUGAAUGUAUCAAUCUGGGAUCGUACAAUUAUUUAGGUUUCGCUGAGUCGGAUGGCAAAUGUGCCGAUCAUAGUAUCGAGACUUUGAAAAAAUUCGGUUGUACCACUUGCAGCUCUCGCCUCGAGCUUGGAAACAUGCCAAUCCACGAAGAAUUGGAACAGUUAACGGCCAGAUUUCUGGGCGUGGAAGACGCGAUUGUCUUUGGAAUGGGCUUCGCAACGAACGCUCUUAAUUUACCUUCGUUCCUAACUAAAGGAUGCUUGGUACUCAGCGACGAGAAAAAUCAUGCCUCGUUGAUACUUGGAUUGAGGCUGUCCUGUUCUACCGUUAGAGUGUUCAAACACAAUGAUGUGAAGCAUUUAGAGACUUGUCUGCAAAAUGCAAUAGUUUAUGGUCAGCCAGGAAGCGGAGAACCUUGGAAGAAGAUAUUAAUUGUUGUAGAAGGUGUUUAUUCUAUGGAAGGUUCUAUUGUACAUUUACCUGAAAUUAUCGAACUUAAGAAAAAAUACAAAGCUUAUCUUUAUUUGGAUGAGGCCCAUAGCACCGGGGCAUUGGGUAAACACGGAAGGGGUGUUUGUGAUUACUAUGGAAUUGAUCCACGAGAAGUGGAUAUACUUAUGGGAACCUUUACAAAGAGUUUUGGAUCUGCUGGUGGCUAUAUUGCUGGAUCAAAAACACUAAUCAAUCAUUUAAGGAUAUACAGUCACGCGCAUACUUAUGCGUCCGCCAUGUCUCCGCCAGUAGCUCAACAAAUAAUUACUUCAAUGAAAAUAAUUGCUGGUGAAGAUGGUACGGACGAAGGGGAAAAAAGAACGAAACAGUUAGCAAGAAACACUAAGUAUUUCAGGCGUAGACUCAAUCAGAUUGGAGUCAUUAUUUAUGGAAACGAAGAUUCGCCUGUUGUACCUAUGUUAGUCUAUUUGUUUUCUAAGAUUGGCGCAGUCGUGCGAACUUUGACGACGUAUAACAUAGCGGCAGUUGGUGUUGGAUUUCCAGCAACUCCUUUGAUGGAAGGCAGAAUACGGUUUUGUCUUUCUGCUGCGCAUACCAAACAACAGUUAGAUUAUGUACUCUCACGCAUUGAAAGUCUAGCAGAUUCUUUGGGCUUAAGAUAUUCUCGAAAAUUUCGUGACCCAGCUCCCAUAGAAUAUUAUUCCGAUGGGGAAACCGAAUGACCUACUGCGUAAAAAAUAGACUCUAGGAUAUUUACCUUGCUCCAAAGAAGCAUUUUUUACUUCUAUGGAGAGAGACACUGCCUUGGAAGAACUCUACACGCAUUCUUUUAUAUGCUUUUCCAUUGAUGCACAAGUUAUGCCGCUUAAUUAAAGUACACCACAAAUGAUUAAGAUUUUUCAUCGAUAAAAUCGACGAGCAUCUCUUUAUCUCAAUCUAAUGUAAAAUUAAGAAUUAAUGAUCCUUUAGUUUA